AUGACCUACCGCUGGCCCUCAAGCGAGACGAUGGCGGCAGAUGAUCAGUUGUGGCUUCGUUCGCCGUGUGCGGAGGAUGCGCCCUAUUUUUUCUUGUGCAAUCGAUCCUUGGGGACCCAGGUCCUGGAGGUGCGUGGCAGAGCCGAGGCUGCGAGUCUCAGGAUGUCAGAGUUUGAUGGCAGUGACCGGCAGAAAUGGAUGGUGGAUGGGGAGUCCCGCCUGACUAGCAAGCUGGACGCCAGCACGUCCUCCAGUUGCUCCAGGGUGAAGUAUUGCAUCGAUGUGAUUGGUGCGCGAGAUGAGAAUGGUGCAUCGGUCUGUGCUUACGCUGCCAACGGUGGAUGGAACCAACGAUGGGACAUGGAAGUGGUCGACAAGGCGUCUUCCAUUGAGUUGGUACGAAUUGUCUCCAAGAUGGCGGGCCAACGGCUCCUAACCGUGGAGAAUGGAGACCAAAUGCGAAAAGACAUGAUCAUGGAGAUCUGCUAUUUGUCGCGCUGGUGCCAUUUAGAGCAGGGUCUGGUGCAGCUGCAGAAGGUGGUCUGGAAUCAUGGGGUGCCAGAGGCCAUCGUAGAGGAACGCUUGGGAAAGCAGCUGGGAAAAGGCACCGGCAGCGACGACAAGGGGAGCGGGAAAGAUGCUGACACCGUGUUGGCGCGCGUGCUGCCAGUGAACAGCCAAACAGGGACUUCGUGGCAUCCAAAGAUUGAGCAUGGCCUGUGCGUCAGUGGAGGUGGCUCCCGCGCCUUCGCCUACAGCAUGGGCGUCUACCGCGCCCUGCAUGAGCUCCAGCUGAUUCCGAGGCUGGACGCCAUCAGCUCGGUGUCAGGUGGUACCUGGUGCUCCUCCAUUUUCAUGUUUGCGAGAAGCUUCAAAGGGAGAUCCAUCAGCACGGAAGAGUUGUUAGGACCCGGCACGAAACCCUCGGAGCUGUCCAUGGAGUUUCUACGGCGUGAUGUGGCUCCAAUUGCCUCUGGCAUCGUUCAUUGCGAUUCGGACAAGAUCAUUGUGGAGCUGCUGGCUAAGUUUAAAGGCCGGGAAUGGGAAGUCUGGUCCCACGUGAUGUCCGCCUGGUUGCUUCGCGACUUCGACGAGCUGAAAAGCUUCGACGCCUACAUGGCAUCCAGUGAAGAGAGUGUCGAGAAGAUCAGGGCCAACAACCCUGAACUGAAAGAGAGCCUCUUCCUGACCCCACGCAGCGACAGACCUGGGACCUUCAUCAUGGUGGGAACUCUUCGGGCGCCCCUGGGGAAGUUGGCUUCACUGGAGAACGUGGUCUUGUUUCAGAUGUCGCCGGACUACACGGGAAACCCCUUCUACCCGGAGGAUCAACAGGUGGUCUACGACGGGCUUCCCAUCUGUCCCUGUGACGCCUGUUGCUACACGUGUAGUCCCCUUUCGCGGACUGUCGGCGGCGGUUUCGUGGAGACUUUCGCCUUCGGCGGCCUUGCCCCUUCCACGCAGGAAGAGGGCCUGACGGAGGUGGGAAAGCCGGAGAAGCCCUUCGCGUUGCCCUACGCGGUGGCAAUCAGCAGUUGGGCUCCAGCCAACUACAUGGAGCUUAGCCGCGUGACUGCGGAUCAUUUGAACCAACGACAGAGGCGGCUUUCCACCCCGUUUGGCACUGGCGACUUUGAUGUCCCAGAAAAGAAACUUGCCUUUGUCAUUUCGGUCUUGUGGUCUUUGAAAAAGACCAAAUAG